GAAAAUCAGGGCCAGAUGAGUAAGGAUCUUCAAGAAGUUAAAAGUGGUCAAGCAAAUCUUAGGCAAGAAAUGCAUAAUAUUCACGGAAAAAUUAAUAAACUGGAAAAUGCAAUGUCAAAUAUUCAGAGCGAAAUGGUGAAAGUUGAUAGUCUAAAGGAAGUCGUUGCAAACCUAGAACAGACAGUCAGACAGCAAAGUGAAAAGCUAAUUGAUCUAGAAAAUAGAGGAAGGCGAAAUAAUCUACUUAUAUUUGGCUUACCCGAAAAACACAACGAAAGCACUGAGGAACUGAAGCGAACCGUAACGAAAGAUGUCUUCCUGGAGACUCUCGGCAUCACAGUAACUUCGAUUGAGCGAAUUCACAGACUUGGACGUAAGCGCGAGGAAACGAAUAGACCGGUAAUCAUAAAGUUCUUCGACUACAACGAGAUAGAGGAAAUAUUUAAAAACUGUAGAAAACUAAAAGGAACUAAGCUCAGUAUCAGUAGUGACUACGCAAAAGAAACAGUGCAAGUAAGAAAACUAUUAUGGGGAAGCGCGGCAUCGAACAGAGCAAAGGGCGAUAAGGUAUCACUUGUACAUGACAAGCUGAAGAUUAAUGGUGAAACAUUUGUGUGGGAUCUUAAUCUAAACCAGCGACGUCGUGUUCAACCCAGUGGGGCAGCCUACAACUGA